AAAAAUAUCGCGGGCCGCGGUUAUAUUUUUUGUUUUCGUUGUUGCGCGUUUUCGUAAUUUUAUCAUGUUUAUGCCGUUUCGUUGAUAAAUAUUUGGUUUCAAACAUAAACAAUAAUGUCUCAGAGAGGGCUAGAUAAAAAAUACUCAUUAUUGAACUUUGUUAAGAAAACAAGCAGAGAUUCUAGCAGAAGCACCAGUCCCAGUGGUAGCAAUGAACCAACAACUGAGAAAAAAUCUAAAUUUGUAUGGAAAUCUAAAUCUACUACCACAGCCACUAAUUCAAGCAGUUCUUGGACACCACCAUUCAAGAAACUCACAAGUGAUAGUCUGCCACCAACUCUCACAUUAAGUCAAAAAGAGAACCAAGUACAUGUAUCGCCGUGCAUACUUCCUAGUGUGAAAGCCAGUAAUAAAGUGGAUGCCUUGAAAAAUAAUGAAUAUAGCAGAAACCAAGUUGACAAUAUAAGCAAUGACAUUUUUGAUGCCAUGGAUGUGGAUGACGAAGCCAACAGUCUACCUGAUGCUUUUCCAUCUAUCCAUAAAAUAAGUCUUGAAAAAUCUGAUAGGUCUAUAAGAAUAAGUGCCACUCCCUCUCCUCCCAAAACUAAACAUCCAGCAGAAACAAAGCCAACUCACGUUAAACCAGAGAAGAAUGUAACAACUCCAGUAAAAAGCAGUCCGCAGAAAGACAAGGAUCCUCUGAAGAACUUGAAACUAGAUGAUUCAAUUUCAAAGUUUUUGAGUAAAGUGUCACAAACACCAGCAUUGAAGAAAUUAAAGAGUAAAAGUACUUUAAAAUAUAAAGAUAUAGAUGAUUGUAAAACAAUGUACAUAGAAUUAUUAGAGAAAAUAAGCAAUGCUUUUGAUAGAAUCCCAAACUGUAUCAAAGAGAAGUUCCCCGGUUACGACAACAAGACUUAUACUAAAUUAAAACAUUUGAAAGCUAAAUUAAAGACUGCCAUACAACAAAAACCAGAAGAAGAGGAAUUAACACAAACUUUAGAAUCGCCGAUCAAAGAUAAUAGUCUUAAUAAAUCAAAUGGCUAUGAAAGUCCCUCUCUCCUUAACUAUGAUGAUGAUUUAGAAGACUUCGAUCUUGAAAGUAGUCAAAUCCGUGGUAUUAAGCCUUUGGAUAUUGAUAAAAUUAAAACUGACAUAAAAACAUCAACACCUGAUACAAUACAUUUUGACAGACCCAGUACAAGUAAAACAAUAUAUUCGGAUAUGAUGGCUAAGAAAUCUUUGUCAUUCGACGCUUUUUCACCUUGUAAUUCUUCCAAAAAUUUAGAUAAUAUUCAGUCUGAAAAUGUAUCAGAGUUAGAUACACCUGAAGGGUCAAAUAGGAGUAAAGGUAAAUUUGUGUUCAAGCGGCCAUCGCGAACAGCGGAAGAGCUUGGUAAUAAAUCUACCCCAGUUAGAGAUGUCCCUUCCAAUACAUUAGAAAGACUUAAAAGCGCUUCGGAGAAAUUGAAGCCUUUAGUGCAAGAAGAACCAAAGAAAAUAACACCAAUCGCAAAUAGCUCUGUAGAAUUUCAACCGCCGCAAUUUAGUAAGAGUUCUUUGCUUAAUUUCAACAAACCUUGUACAAUAGUUUCUCCUAUAGUGAAAGAAACUUCAUUAGUGGACGAGGAAGACGAUUAUGAAGUGCCACUUGAUAUGGAAGAUGACGUAGACUUACUAACGCCGGCUAAAGAUAGUGUUAUAAAUAUAAGUGACUCGAAUACAAGUCAAAAUGUUGAAGUGAUUAACAAUAAAGAGAUUCCGGUAGAUGACGAUGGGUGGCCGGAGUAUAGGAUAGAAGAUUUCGAAGAUGAAAUUGAACCAGUUACUAACGACAGUGACGUGAUAAAUUUGAUGGAGCAGACUGUUACUGGUGAGGAGAUGAAGCCCAAGUAUGAAGGGAUGGGUGAUUUCCAUGCUGGUACAAAGAAUGAUGGAAUAACAGGCGAAUUCGACGGUUUGGACUACCCCCACUCCGGUCUCAUGAUGGAGAUGUUCAAGGAGAAGUUUGGUCUCAAGGCCUUCCGUCCCAAUCAACUUCAGGUCAUCAACGCGGCUCUGCUCGGCAAUGAUUGUUUCAUACUUAUGCCGACAGGGGGCGGCAAAUCUCUGUGCUACCAACUGCCUGCCGUGUUGACGCCCGGAGUCACAAUCGUGAUAUCGCCGCUCAAGUCUCUCAUCUUGGAUCAAGUCAACAAGCUUCUGUCGCUUGAUAUACCAGCCGCUCAUCUCUCAGGCGACGUCUCUCUCUCAGCCUGUGACGAAGUCUACCACAAGCUAUCGAUGAGGGAGCCACUUCUGAAGCUGCUGUACGUGACCCCGGAGAAGAUCAGCAGCUCAGCCAAGUUCCAAAGCAUGCUGGACUCGCUCUACUCUAGGGACAAGAUCGCAAGGUUCGUGAUAGACGAGGCGCACUGCGUGUCGCAAUGGGGCCACGACUUCCGGCCGGACUACAAGCGGCUGUUCAUACUGCGCGAGCGCUUCCCCGCCGCGCCGCUCAUGGCGCUCACCGCCACCGCCGCGCCGCGCGUGCGCCUCGACGUCCUGCACCAGCUGCAGGUUAAGAAUUGCAAGUGGUUCCUGUGCAGCUUCAACCGGCCAAACCUGCAGUACAGGAUCCUGGAGAAGAAGCCCAAGAGCAUCAACCAGGAGGUUGCCAAUAUCAUCAAGGAGAAAUUCUUCAGGGACUCUGGCAUCGUAUACUGCCUAUCCCGCAAGGAGUGCGAGGCCGUGAGCGGCGAUCUGCGCAAGGUGGGCAUCCAGGCCGCUGCCUACCACGCGGGGCUGACGGACAAGAAGAGGGAGGCCGUGCAGGCUUCCUGGGUCGCUGAUAGGGUUAAAGUGAUCUGCGCGACAAUAGCCUUCGGCAUGGGCGUGGACAAGGCGGAUGUCCGGUUCGUGAUCCACCACAGCAUGCCCAAGUCCGUGGAGGGAUACUACCAGGAGGCGGGCCGAGCGGGCAGAGACGGCGAGCCGGCCGCCUGCCUGCUGUACUACAGCUACACCGACGUCAUCCGGUACCGGAGACUGCUGGACAUGGAACGCAACACGACCCCCGAAGCGAAGCGGGUGCACAUCGAGAACCUCCUCCGCAUGGUGGAGGUUUGCGAAUCUGUGACCGAGUGUCGGCGAGUGCAGGUGCUCUCUUACCUCGGGGAGAAGUUCCAGCGGGAACAGUGCAAAGCCAGGAGGGCUACAGCCUGCGAUAACUGCUUGAGGGAACACAACUUUAAGCCAGUGGACGUAACAGAAGAAUGCAAGCUGAUAGUGCGCGCGGUCCGCGACGUGUCGGCGGGCGGGCGCGCGCCGCACACGCUGCUGCACGUGGCGGACGCGCUGCGGGGCUCGCUGCAGGCGCGGCUGCGGGCGCUGCACCACACGCCCAUACACGGCCGAUGCAAAUCAUGGCCACGCAGCGAUCCCCAAAGACUUCUCCGACAGAUGGUAGUGCGAGGUUUGUUGGCUGAGAAACUUGUGGUCAGCAACGACAUCGCCAGCGCCUACCUCGUGCUGGGACCGAACGUUGACAAGCUAAUGAACGGCGGCCAACGAGUGUUGUUCCCUAUGCAAGUGUCGGACAAACCCAGUCUGACCGUCACCGCUCCAAAGCCGGCCAGCGAGGGGAACUCCACGGUGGAUGUAUUGAUAAAGAGGAUUGAAGAGAGGUGCUACGCGGAUUUGGUUGAAGCUUGCAGGGAGAUGGCAUCAGCUCGCGGCGCGUCCUUAGCCUCGGUGCUGCCUCAAGCGGCGCUGAAAGCAAUGGCGCGCCGGCUGCCGGAGACCGAGGGCGAGGUCCUGUCGCUCCCGCACGUCACGCGCGCCAACUACCAGAAGUACGGGGCGCAGCUGCUGCAGAUCACCGCCUCGUAUGCUGUGGAGAAAAUGGGACUCUUAAUGCAAUACCAAGACGAGUUAGAACAAGAGCCGCCGCCGGCCGCUCGUGCGCGCGCGCCGAGCCCCGGGUCCGGCUCCGACACGGACUGGGCGAACCUCGGGCGCGCCGACCGCAGCGGCGCCUCCGCGAGGGGCAGGCGCACCUACAGGGGCGGAGUGCGGAAGAAGUUCCGUCGCAAGAAGGGCGCAUCUUCAGCGAAAAAGAAAGCAAUUCGCGGCGCCUACAGCGGCCGCGCCCGGGGCGGCGCCGGCGGGAACACCAAACCUUUCACUGGCGGCGCCAACAACCUGGGCAGCAUGCCUGUUCCCAGGGGAACCGCGCUCAACACCCGCCCGGGGGUGUUCCAGAACUCUCGGGCGAGUUUCCUGUGAUGUGACAUGUCUUAACUUGUAUAAGAAAAAUUAAUUUGUACAGACAUUGUUAUUUUCCUGUGAUGUGAUAAAUGUAUGAACUUGUAUAAGAAGAAAUAAUUUGUACACACAUUGUUAUUGAUUCGAGUCACACGUUACAAUUUUUGAGUGUUCGCAGUGCGUAAAAAAAAUCUCUCUUGAACGUAACGUUACAAUUUCUCGUAAGUCACGAUUAAAAAAGAAAACGAAAUGGCGGCGCAGCGAUAUAGUAUUAUUACAUACGUACAUACAUAUGGUCACGUCUACAUCCCUUGCGGGGAGACAGAGCCUUGUCUUGAAAAGACUGAAUGGCCACGUUCAGCUAUUUGGCUUAAUGAUAGAAUUGAGAUUCAAAUAGUGACAGGUUGCUAGCCCAUCACCUAAAAAAGAAUCUCAAGUUUGUAAGCCUAUCCCUUAGUCGCCUUUUUCGACAUCCAUGGGAAAGAGAUGGAGUGGUCCUAUUCUUUUUUGUAUUGGUGCCGGGAACCACACGGCAUAUAGUAUUAUUAGUUUUCCAUAAAAUCAAUAAUAAUAUAAGACCAUAGAAAUAACAUAAAUAAAUGGUGAAUAUAAGGAAUGAUGUGUCCCCGUGUUUCGUUUCGUCCAGGAUUCAAGACUUUCAGCUUUUAAUCAGAAUCCCAGGAUUGAAGAGGUAAACAUAAAGAUCUCCAGUCUGACCUCAUAGCACAAUGAUGGAACUGAGAUUCAGAUAGCAAAUAUUUUGUGAGUUAGAUAUAAAACCCUUAACUUGCUGGUCGAGAUUAAUUUUAAGUACUUUUUUAUAUUACCUCAAACGAUUUUUUAGUGAUUAAAUUUUUGAAAUUAAAUCCUUUUUAUGUCAAAUUGCCCAACGAAUAAGUAUUAUUAAUUUAAUAUUAACGAAUUAAUAAAUUGAAUUGAUUUUUAAA